GCACCGUGACCGUGCGCUCGCGCUGCUCUGUCCACCUCGCUGACCAGCCAUCGACGACGGCGGCAGCGACGAGCAGCUGCUCCUCAUGUUUUCGUCGGCACGAUGCCUCCUCCGUUCUGCCUUCUCUGCCAUAAACGUCGCUAGCACUUCUUCCUUCGCCGCUGCCUCGUCCUCAUCGGCCCUCGCUUCCUCGUCAUCCGCUGUCUUUCCUCACGUUCUGAAGAACGCACGCCGCUACGCCACGGAAGCUACUACGUCUCAACAGUCUCCGUCGGAGGUCAAUGCUGCCCUCGCGAGGACGUCUGUUCUUUACAAAACCUACAAACCCGUCACCCCGGGUAUCCGUCACCUCAAGCGGCCGCUCUCUCCUCACCUCUACCAAGGCAGGCCUCUCCGCGAGCUCACAGUCCCCCUAAGAAAGCGCGGUGGACGCAACCACCAUGGUCGUAUAACUGUUCGGCACCGCGGUGGUGGGCACAAGCAGCGUAUACGUAUCGUCGAUUUCAUGCGUACCCAGCCCGGUCCGUGCGACGUCGUGCGUAUCGAGUACGACCCCGGUCGUUCCGCGCAUAUCGCGCUCAUCAAGAACCGGAACCCCGACCUCUUUGGCGAGAAGGUCUGGAGCUAUAUCCUUGCACCUGACAACCUCCGCGCGGGCGACGUCGUAGAGUCCUUCCGUCAGGGCAUCCCGGACGGCCUCGUGCCCGGCUUCGUCGACUCGAAGGACGUACGAGGGAAGGCUCUGGAGAAGAAGGGGGACGUCGGCUUGACCCAAUCACAAACGGCGUCGACAGCGUCGCUUGCACUGGGUGUCCUCCGUGCCAUCACCAUCAAGCCCGGAAACGUCGUCCCUCUCCGUCUCAUCCCUCCCGGCACCAUCAUCCAUAACAUCGCGCUGAACCCUCAGGGCCGCGCUGUGCUUGUGCGCUCAGCCGGUACUUUCGGGCAGGUCGUCGCGCACGAGGACUCCGGGAAAUACUCCCAAGUGCGUCUGCAGAGCGGUGAGGUCCGCAAGGUGCUCCAGGAUUGUGUCGCGACCGUCGGCAAGGUCAGCAACCCACUCUGGAAGAACCGCAACCUCGGGAAGGCUGGUAGGAACCGCUGGCUCGGACGCCGGCCGCGUGUUCGUGGUAUGGCUAUGAACAGGUGCGAUCACCCUCACGGAGGAGGUCGUGGAAAGUCUAAGGGUAACAAGCAGCCGCGCUCGGUCUGGGGUUGGGUCGCCAAGGGUGUUCGCACGCGGAAGCCUGGACCGAAGGGUCCCAAGAACAGCAACAAGAUGGUCAUCCGCGAGCGCCCUCGGGGCAAGGAGAAACGGGGCUUGUAGUUGGGGAGAGGUACACUCUUUCCAGGUUUGCUCGGUUGGGCGCACCCUAUCGCUCGCAGCAUUGCAUGGUACGGCUUGAUACAUAAUACACAUUAUAGUACCACUCUCC